AUGAUUAGCCAGUCUCAGAGAUUUCAGUACAGUGAGUCCCACUUACUUGGGGGUUAUGUUCAAGUGCCCCCACACAUAAAUGAAGAUUGGACCACAAGUUGCACUGUCCAUGAUCUGUCCAGCAUUCCACAUGAAUACUACCAACCUGGUCAUCUUAUUGUUGGCGGACUUGCUUCUCAUCUCUUUGCUGUUUUUGACAAAGAAGACUUCAAAGAAAGGCUAACUAUCCAUCAGCGUCUUAAUACACAUAUUGUGCCAAAGAACUAUCAGCAUAUUCUGGCCUUGGUAUUUGCUGUCCAGGAGAUCAAUGAGAACCCCAAGAUCUUGCCUAAUAUUACACUGGGAUUCCACAUCUAUGAUAGUUACUUCGAUGAAAGGAUGACCUACUGGGCUGCUCUGAACCUUCCCUCCACACUUGUCCCCAACUACAAGUGCAACAACCAGAAACACCUGGCGGCAGUUAUUGGGGGACUGGACUUGGAUAUCUCCGUCUACCUGGCAAACAUCUUGGGCAUCUACAAGAUUCCCCAGCUCCAUCCCUUUCUUAGGACUGUCUCCUUCAACAACUCUGCUGGGGAAACAGUAUCUUUUAGUGAGAACAGGGAAGUAGAAGCUGGCUUUGAUAUCACCAACCUGGUCACUUUCCCAAAUAACUCCUUCAUGAGAGUCAAGGUUGGAAGGGUUGGUGUGGAGGCUACACCUGACCAGCCAUUCACCCUUGAUGACAACAGAAUAGUGUGGCACAGAAGCUUUCACCAGGAAGGAGAAGAAGGAGGGGGAGCCAUUCUGCUGCUAUGGUUGUGCUCCAUGUCCUCAAGGCAAGAUUUCAUCCAAAAAGGUAUUGUGCCAAAGAACUACCAGCAUAUUCUGGCCUUGGUAUUUGCUGUCCAGGAGAUCAAUGAGAACCCCAAGAUCUUGCCUAAUAUUACACUGGGAUUCCACAUCUAUGACAGUUACUUCGAUGAAAGGAUGACCUACUGGGCUGCUCUGAACCUUCCCUCCACACUUGUCCCCAACUACAAGUGCAACAACCAGAAACACCUGGUGGCAGUUAUUGGAGGACUGGACUUGGAUAUCUCUGUCUACCUGGCAAACAUCUUGGGCAUCUACAAGAUUCCGCAGAGGAGCAGGCCAGUGGAACCUGCACUGGUGAGGAGAAGCUGGAGAAUCUCCCUUCAUCUGGUUUUGAGAUGAGCAUGACUGGCCACAGCUACAGUCUCUAUAAUGCUGUCUAUGCAACAGCACAUGCUUUACAUGCCAUGUUCUUGUCUAGGACCAAAAACAAAUUAGCGGUGGAAGGAG